AUGAAAAUUUUGGAUAAACAAAAAGUGGUAAAAUUGAAGCAAGUUGAGCAUACACUUAAUGAAAAGCGUAUACUUCAGGCAGUUGACUUCCCAUUUCUAGUCAAUAUGGAAUAUUCAUUCAAAGAUAAUUCAAAUUUGUAUAUGGUGCUCGAAUUUAUUGGUGGUGGUGAAAUGUUCUCACAUUUACGGCGAAUUGGUCGUUUCAGUGAGCCGCAUUCUCGUUUUUAUGCGGCACAAAUUGUUCUUGCAUUCGAGUAUCUUCAUUCCCUCGACCUCAUUUAUCGAGAUCUCAAACCUGAGAAUCUCCUUAUUGAUAAUACUGGCUAUAUCAAGAUUACCGAUUUUGGUUUUGCAAAACGUGUAAAAGGACGAACGUGGACUUUAUGCGGAACACCAGAAUAUCUUGCACCAGAAAUCAUAUUGAGCAAGGGUUACAAUAAAGCAGUUGAUUGGUGGGCAUUAGGUGUGCUCAUAUACGAAAUGGCUGCUGGUUAUCCGCCGUUUUUUGCAGAUCAACCGAUACAAAUUUACGAAAAAAUUGUCUCCGGAAAAGUGAAAUUUCCAUCAUAUUUUUCGAACGAACUUAAGGAUUUAUUGAAGAAUUUAUUGCAAGUUGAUUUAACGAAAAGAUAUGGUAACUUAAAAAAUGGUGUUGCUGAUAUCAAAAAUCACAAAUGGUUCAGUUCAACAGAUUGGAUUGCUGUUUACCAAAGAAAGAUAGAUGCUCCAUUUUUACCGAAAUGUCGUGGUGCUGGUGAUGCUUCUAAUUUCGACGAAUAUGAAGAAGAACCAUUGCGGAUUUCGAGUACCGAAAAAUGUGCAAAAGAAUUUGCCGACUUUUAG